AUGCAUUUCAACCUCCUCAGCCUCGCGCUCUGUCUCUCUCCCCUGGCUCUAGCCAUCCCUCACCAACCAGUCCCCAUGAAACCACCCCUGCCCAUGACCAUGAAAAUAAGACCAACAAACCAAACCCUCGGCCACGCCCUCAUCCACAACACCUGCACCACCACCAUCUACCUCUGGUCCGUCGGCUCAACCAUCUCCCCCCAGUUCACCAUCCCCCCAAACACCACCUACACCGAGGCCUACCGCCGGGACCCCGCAAGCGGCGGCAUCGCGCUGAAGAUCACGCGCGUGCAGGAUGGGCUGUAUGCCGCAGCGCCGCAGAUGGUGUUUGCGUAUAACCUUGUGGGAGAGCAGGUCUGGUAUGAUUUGUCGGAUGUUUUUGGGGAUCCGUUCCUAGGGAGUCCUGUGAGGGUGGAGUAUCGGGGGCUGGUUGGGGAGGGUGAGGAAGACGAGGAGAAAAAGAUUGAGUGGGAGGAUGGGGUGUCGCCUGGGGGAAGUAUGGUUAGGGUUGCGGGUGCGCAGGGGGAUUUGGUUCUGACGGUUUGUUAG